AUGAUAUACAAAGAUGGUGAACUGCUCUGUACCACACAUAGAGGCGCUGGCCCCCUAGCUUGCAGCUAUACAGCUGAAUCCGUAGCGCUAUACGAAGGUUUACGGAGACUCCUCAAAAUAAUUCCUGCAAAUAACCCAACGCCAUGCAGGGUCUCCAUUUUCACGGACUCGCUGUCUCUUCUCACAGCACUGGAAACAGGUCCACUGACCGUAAAAGACCCUAUACUUCGUCUCCUGUGGAACCUGCUCCUUCAAGUGCAACGUCGCAAGGCCCGCAUACGACUACAAUUCAUAUUUGGUCACUGCGGUGUAGUGAAAAACGAAAAAUGUGACACAGAAGCCAAAAAAGCUGCAGAACUAACACAAAGAACUGAUACUUGGAUUACUGAUAUUAUAGCCUACGCCAAACGAAUACUUAAAGGAGAGGAC